GGGGGGGGGGGGGGGGGGGGGGGGGGGGGGGGGGGGGGGGGGGGGGGGGGGGGGGGGGGGGGGGGGGGGGGGGGGGGGGGGGGGGGGGGGGGGGGGGGGGGGGGGGGGGGGGGGGGGGGGGGGGGGGGGGGGGGGGGGGGGGGUGGGGGGGGGGGGGGGGGGGGGGGGGGGGGGGGGGGGGGGGGGGGGGGGGGGGGGGGGGGGGGGGGGGGGGGGGGGGGGGGGGGGGGGGGGGGGGGGGGGGGGGGGGGGGGGGGGGGGGGGGGGGGGGGGGGGGGGGGGGGGGGGGGGGGGGGGGGGGGGGGGGGGGGGGGGGGGGGGGGGGGGGGGGGGGGGGGGGGGGGGGGGGGGGGGGGGGGGGGGGGGGGGGGGGGGGGGGGGGGGGGGUGGGGGGGGGGGGGGGGGGGGGGGGGGGGGGGGGGGGGGGGGGGGGGGGGGGGGGGGGGGGGGGGGGGGGGGGGGGGGGGGGGGGGGGGGGGGGGGGGGGGGGGGGGGGGGGGGGGGGGGGGGGGGGGGGGGGGGGGGGGGGGGGGGGGGGGGGGGGGGGGGGGGGGGGUGGGGGGGGGGGGGGGGGGGGGGGGGGGGGGGGGGGGGGGGGGGGGGGGGGGGGGGGGGUGGGGGGGGGGGGGGGGGGGGGGGGGGGGGGGGGGGGGGGGGGGGGGGGGGGGGGGGGGGGGGGGGGGGGGGGGGGGGGGGGGGGGGGGGGGGGGGGGGGGGGGGGGGGGGGGGGGGGGGGGGGGGGGGGGGGGGGGGGGGGGGGGGGGGGGGGGGGGGGGGGGGGGGGGGGGGGGGGGGGGGGGGGGGGGGGGGGGGGGGGGGACGCGGCACGACGGACGUCAAGAUGGACCGCGAUGCUUCGAGAAUAAGGUUGAGGAACUCGAAAGAAAACGGGAUUGCUCUCCAGGCACCUUUUUCAGGAUCGCCCGUGCUGAGUUCCUGCGGUCCAGGCCGGUGUCAGCAACAGAUGCCCUCAACGGCCGCGAGAUGGCACUAGCUCCGAUGGUCGCAAUUAGUCUCACUAUCUGCAUAAUGGACGAGGGUAAACUACAUCAGCAGGGAUCCCUAGGUCUGGCCCUUAACUGUGUAUCUGCAGGCUGGAAGAGAAAGGACACACCCAAGAAGGACGAGAGUGAGCAGGAGUCCGCCAUCUUGAAGGAGGAUCCAGAAGGACCUCCAGGCAAGGGCCUCGAAAGGGUUGCAGGUGGGAAUCUCGUGAACAGAGGACUCGGCUGA